UUGGCCGGGCUCGGAACUGGACCUGGAGUGGCAGCCGCACUCCCCACCUGAGGACCCCAGGAUCAUGUCCGAGGCCCCCUGGCGGGAGUGAGGGAGGGCCUGAUCCUGAGAGGCCCAUGGGGCCUCCCAAGCCCGCGCUCUGGGCGCUCCUGCUGAUGUUGUUGGGGGCCGCUCCGGGCCGGGCCGGGAUCGGCGCCUGCAGCGUCCCCGACGUGCUUCACCACUACCGCGCGGUCAUCUUCGAGGACCUGCAGGCCGCGGUGAGGUGGACCAGGCCAAGGGUCGAAGGGGCUGGACCGGGCUCCAGACACCUCCAUUUCAUUCAGAAAAACCUGACUGGAGACGCGGUCUCCCGACGGCGGGGCCGGGUGGGAGUCUCAUGUGGCGCCCAGAAGGAGCACAGUAUCCUACUGUCCAUCGUGGCCCUGGGUCGGACCCUACGUGGGGCGGUGGCUGGGGGCCGCCGCGGGGCUCUGGAGAAGGCGGCGUGGACUGUGGCGGUGCGCACUGAGGCGGUGAUGCGACGCCACUGCCGGAAGCUGCGCCAGCGGAGCUGGCGGAGCUGGCGGCCGGAGACGCGCCCUUCUCGGCGUCCAGGCGGCCGCAGGAGGCUCCUGCUGCGCGCCCUGGACGCCGUCGCCACCUGCUGGGAGAAGCUGUUCGCGCUGCGCGCCGCGGCCACCGACGGCUCCUGGGGCUCCUAG